AUGAAGUUCUUUACUACCGUCACUGCGGUGGUACUUGGAGCUGCUGCUCGAGUAGCCAAUGCUCAAGGCUUCGUUUCCAACUGCACCUGGCAGACUGGCUUCAUGUCAGACAAUUACCUUGGAAUGUACUGCAACAACAACAACUGGGCCGAGUACAGCUACGACUGGACUUGGCUCGACACCAACGUCUGCCUUACCAACUACGGUGGCAAGCUCUACCCAUACGUCAGUGGAAGCUACUGGUCUACCUGCGGCAACUGCGCGGUUCGCGGGAGCAACGUCGACUUCAUCCUGACUUGUGAUUGCCUCAAUGGACAAGGCCGUUUCGCCUCAUCUGCCUACGAUCUCACUAGCUUUUGUGCCGUGUCCGCGAGACGCUUGCCGAAUCUGCAUCGUCCGUAUAUCGCGGCCGCGAACCAGGUCGAGACCUAUGUUGAGUCGCGCGCCACUGGUACUGGACCUAAAGGAUUCCUUACGCUUGACGAUAGCGCGCAUGUUGAGGGUUUCCACGCUGCAUCCGUACACAGCACUUCCACGGUCGCGGGUGAAAGCUUCAGUGCUUGCUUAGAGGACACCACAGCUUCAGUAGCCGAUUGUCAGGCCGUCAUUGGUGACAUCCGAGCCAAUAACGGCACUAUCAAAGUAGCCGGAGGGUUCUGCUUGAACUGGUGGGAGGGCGGUUGUCUUGGUCGAGUGUGCGGUGGUAAGAACCAGGAGGUGUUCUCGGAAGAUUCGCAGUGGAUCGCGGACACGAUGACUGCCUCGAUUCUCGACACGUGUGUCACCGAAGGAAAAGGCGGCGCGGCAGCAGACUGUGUCGAUGUCAGUACUACGUGCGGGACGUACAAGCUAUCGCUGCAGGCGUACACGGGUAUUUAA